AUGGAAAAACAUAUGGUUGUUUUAUUCCUUGUAUCUUCUUUGGUUGCAAAUAACCUCUCUUCACCACCAAAGCCCACAGAUCAGGUGAAGAAUAAGUGUGAUCAGAAGAUGCUCAUUACAACCAAAACCGAAUGCCGAUCUUGCUCUCUAAACCUUGAAAUCCGGUGCCCUGAUGGUUAUAGUAAAAUGACCAAUGGAUCUGGAAUACGAGGUUGCAGGUAUUACCUUGAAAUCAGGACUUACACUUUGUCUCUUCCUGGAUGUCGGCAUAUAUGUAUGAAGGAAUUUCAACAACCUGAGUGCUGCCAGGGAUAUUGGGGCCCAGAUUGUAUGGCAUGUCCAGGAGGAGCUGCAUCACCAUGCAAUAACAGAGGCCGCUGUUUUCAGGGUAUAAAUGGGGAUGGAAAAUGCACUUGCCAACAAGGAUUUGGUGGGACAGCCUGUGAAACUUGUGCUGAAGAUAAUUUAUUUGGACCCAACUGCACUUCAGUUUGCAACUGUGCUCAUGGAGUAUGCAACAGUGGAAUUACAGGGGAUGGAGGAUGUACCUGUUUGUCUGGAUACAAAGGGCUUAACUGUGAUCAGGCAAUACCUGAGUGUGAGGCCUUACAGUGCCCUGAAAACUCCAGAUGCUCUAUUUCUAGUGAAGAUGAAACCAAAUUGGAGUGUACAUGUCUUCCCAAUUACCAUGGAGAUGGUAAACAAUGCGAACCUAUCAACCCGUGCUUGAAAAAGGUCUGUGAUCCGAAUGCUUAUUGCACCUAUCUUGGACCUAAUCAUCAUAAAUGUGUUUGCCAAGAAGGUUACAGAGGGGAUGGCCAAGUCUGCUUACCAAUAGAUCCUUGCCAAAGGAUGUUCGGAAAUUGCUCUACAGAGUCUACCAUUUGCAGAUAUGAUGGUCCAGGAAAGUCCCACUGUGAAUGCAAAGAACAUUACAGAAAUUUAGUACCUGGAAAAGGAUGCAGUAUGACAGAUAUCUGUGAGACUAACAACACAUGCCAUAAAAAUGCAAAAUGCACUACGGUUGCGCCGGGACAAAUUGUGUGUACUUGCCAGAAGGGUUAUGUAGGUGAUGGGUUUGUAUGCUAUGGGAAUAUAAUGGAACGCAUCAGAGACCUGAACACUGAACCGGGAGGACAGUGGCAAGGAAAACUGACAUCUGCCAUAGCACUCAUUGAAAAUGUCUACGAAUGGCCUCUAAGUAGUCUGGGACCAUUUACUGUUUUACUGCCAACAAACAAGGGAUUCAAAGGAAUUAAUAUAAAGGACCUUCUGAGCAACAAGGAGAAUGCCCAGUACUUUGUAAAACUCCAUAUAAUUGCUGGUCAGCUGAACACCAAUAGCUUGAAUAAUAUAGAUACAAUUUACACCUUGACUGGAAAGCCAGGGGAGAUAUUAAAAGGUGAUAAGGACAAUCAAUUAAAAAUUAGGAUUCGGGGAAGUAAGAAGAAAGGAAAACUCUUACAGGGAGAUAUAAUUGCUUCCAAUGGAAUUUUGCACAUUAUUGACAAAGCCAUGGACAACGUGGAACCAACAUUUGGGAGCAAUAAAGAGGAGACCAUAAUGACAGUGAUUCAAGACAAUAGAAGAUACAGCCGAUUUAGAUCCAUGUUAGAGAAAACUAUCCUGGGACUGGUCUUGGAGCAGGACGGUGGACCUUACACAAUCUUUGUUCCAAACAACAAUGCUUUGGAUAACAUGAAAGAUGGAGCACUGGACUACCUGCUUUCUACAGAGGGUGCAUGGAAACGUCUGGAGCUCGUUCGAUACCACAUUGUUUCUUAUGCUCAGUUGGAGGUUGCCAGCCUCAUCUCCAUAGAACACGUCAGGACCAUGGCUAGACAGUUCAUCUAUUUUAACACGACCAGCAAUGGACAAAUCUUGGUGAAUGGUAAAGAAACAGAAGAAACAGAUAUUGUUGCCAAAAAUGGUCGAAUAUACACUCUUGCAGGUGUUCUUAUUCCUCCCUCAAUUGUUCCUAUUCUACCACACAGAUGUGAUGGAGGAAGGAGUGAAAUUAAAAUGGGUACCUGUGUAAAAUGUUCAGUAUUCUACAGGAGCACUUGUCCAGAAGACUCAAAGCCCAUAGCUUCUUCAGGACGUAGAUGUGUUUAUGAAGCCCUGUCCUAUCCAACAACCGGCUGUGCUAGGUACUGCAAUGUAACAAUAAAGGAACCUAAGUGUUGCAAAGGCUUCUAUGGGCCAGAGUGCAAUCAGUGUCCAGGAGGAUUUUCCAAACCCUGCUCAGGAAAUGGACAGUGUGUGGAUGGAAUGAAAGGAAAUGGAACUUGUAUUUGUACUGAUGGAUUUCAAGGAUCCCAUUGUCAGUUCUGUUCAGACCCUGAUAAAUAUGGUACUCAGUGUGACAAAAAAUGUCUGUGUGUUUACGGGAAGUGUGAUAACAGGAUAGAUAGUGAUGGCAUCUGCCUUGGCGGAUCAUGCAAAAGUGGAUAUGCUGGGAAACUCUGUGAUAAGCAGAUAGUUCCGUGUGGGCCUUUUGUGCAAUUCUGUCAUGCACAUGCAAAUUGUCAGCUUAGUAAUGGUGCCAUGAGCUGCGUCUGCAAACCUGGAUAUGAGGGAGAUGGAACAACCUGCAGUGAAGUAGAUCCUUGUGCUAAUUUAGCUCAAGGUGGUUGCGAUACCAAUGCAGAAUGUAUUAAAACAGGCCUUGGAACUCACACAUGUGUGUGCCAGCCAGGAUGGAGUGGGAAUGGAAGAGAUUGCUCAGAGAUCAACAAUUGUCUGCUACCAAAUUUCAGAGGGUGCCAUAACAAUGCUACCUGCAUAUACGUAGGGCCAGGUCAGAAUGACUGUGAAUGUAAGAAAGGAUUUCGGGGGAAUGGAAUUGAAUGUGAACCAAUAAACUCUUGUCUGGAACAAAAUGGAAAGUGCCAUCAUCUGGCAACUUGUCAGUUUGUGUCAUCUGGUGUCUGGGACUGUGUGUGUGCAAAGGGCUACGAAGGAGAUGGCAUCAUAUGCUAUGGAAGUGCAGCAGAUGAGUUGUCUGCUCUGUCAGAGGCAGCUGGAUUUAACCAAUGGGUUAAUGAGGCUUCAAUGAACACAAUGCUGUCAGUGACUUCAAAUCUAACCAUCCUUGUGCCUUCCCUUCGAGCAAUUGAAAACAUGGAUCAAGAUGAGAAAGGCUUUUGGAUGUCAAAGAAUAACAUUGCAACCCUACUAAAAUAUCAUGUAUUAGUGGGAGCUUAUAGACUUGCUGACCUCCAGAAUUUAUCAUCAUCUGACAUGCUGGCAACAUCUCUGCAUAACAAUUUCCUGCAUCUGUCUAAUGAAAAUGAGAACAUCACUAUUGAAGGAGCUAACAUUGUAGUUGGUGAUAUUGCAGCCACGAAUGGAAUCAUCCAUGUUAUUGAUAAGGUUCUAACACCACUCAGAGGUGUGAGUGGCACAUUGCCAAAACUGCUGGCUCGCUUAGAACAGAUGCCCGAUUACUCCAUUUUCAGGGGUUAUGUUAUUCAAUAUAGUCUGGCAAAUGAAAUAGAAGCAGCUAACACUUACACAGUUUUUGCCCCAAAUAAUGAUGCAAUUGAAAGUUACCUCAGGAAUAAAAAGUCUGCCACUCUGGACGAGGACCAAAUCCGAUACCACAUUGUGUUGGAGGAAAAGCUCUUGAAGAACGACAUGCACAAUGGCAUGCACAGGGAGACCAUGCUCGGGUUUUCCUAUCAAGUGGGAUUCUUCCUGCACAACGGCCAGCUGUACAUCAAUGAGGCACCUAUAAAUUACACAAAUAUUGCAACUGACAAAGGUGUUAUCCAUGGAUUGGGAAAAAUUCUGGAAAUACAGAAGAACAGAUGUGAUAUCAAUGAUACUAUGAUUACAACCGAAAAGUGCAACCUGUGUUCGUAUCGAUCACGCUGCCCUCCUGGAACUAAAGAAUUUCUAGGAGAGAAGAAAUAUUGCAUCUAUACUGAAAACUUUAUGGGAAGGACAUCCAUUCAUAUUGGAUGCCUGCCAAAGUGCAUUAAAAAUAUCAUUACCAGAGAAUGCUGUGCAGGUUUCUUUGGUCAACAAUGCCAGCCCUGUCCAGGGAAAAGUGGAAAUGCCUGCUUUGGAAAUGGCAUCUGCUUGGAUGGUGUUAAUGGCACAGGCGUGUGUGAAUGUGAAGAGGGGUUUAAUGGAACAGCCUGUGAGAAAUGUAUUGAAGGCAAAUAUAGUCGCAACUGCAAUCAAGAAUGUGCUUGUGUCCAUGGGAAAUGCAGCAGUGGGAUUGAGGGCGAUGGCUCCUGUGAGUGUGACGUUGGCUGGAGAGGUGUGAAAUGUGAGAGCGAAAUCAAAGAUGAUGCCUGUAACAGCACGUGCCACACCAGCGCUAACUGCCUCCUCAAGUCUGGUGGCACCGCAUAUUGCAAGUGUGCAGCUGGCUUUAAAGGGAAUGGAACACACUGUACAGUUGUUGACGCAUGCGAGACCAGCAAUGGUGGCUGUUCUGUCAAAGCAGAGUGUAGAAAAACUACUCCAGGAAACAGAGUAUGUGUUUGUACAGCUGGAUACACUGGAGAUGGAAUAGUCUGCCUUGAAAUCAACCCUUGCUUAGAGAACAACGGUGGAUGUGAUAGAAAUGCGGAAUGCACUCAGACUGGACCCAACCAGGCCGUGUGUAAUUGUUUGAAAGGAUAUUCAGGAGAUGGUAAAACAUGCACGUACAUCAACCUGUGUUUAUCGAAUAACGGUGGCUGCAGUGAAUCUGCAAUCUGUAAUGACACCGAGCUGACAGAGAGGACCUGCACCUGCAAACCUGAUUACAUUGGGGAUGGAUUUAAAUGCCGAGGCAACAUCUACCAGGAGCUUCUUAAGGACUCCAAUACUACUGAUUUUUAUUUCCAUCUAAAGGCCCUUGCUCUCAAAGAUAUUGCAGGUUCUGGUCCUUUCACUGUGUUUGCACCCAAUAAAGAAGCAUUUAACAGUGAACCAAAAAUUAAAGAGUGGAUUGUCAACGGAGUGAUGCCCCAGAUCCUUAGGUACCAUAUGGUGGGCUGUGCCGGACUUCUCUAUAAUGACCUGACAACAAUUACAAAUGUCACCUCUCUCCAGGGGGACCCCAUCCAGGUCACUUUCUCACAGAAUUCAGUGUAUCUGAAUACCAAGGCUAAGAUUAUAUCCAGCGAUACUGUCAGCACAAAUGGUGUGAUACACAUCAUAGAUAAAAUCCUACUUCCACAACACAUGCAGGAUUUCCCUAAGAAGGAAUCGGGCACUGAGCGGGAAAGCCUUAAAAUGGUUGCAGCCAAACAAGGAUACAUCAUGUUCAGCAACUUGCUGGAGAAUGCCGGUUUGUUGAGUGUAAUCAAUGAUCCUCUUCAUAAACCAGUCACCUUGUUCUGGCCGACCGAUGAAGCUCUCAGAGCUCUUCCUAAGGAACAGCAGGAUUUCCUGUUUAAAAAAUCUAACAAGGACAAACUGGUGCAAUAUCUGAGAUUCCAUGUCAUCAGAGAUGCUAAGAUUUUAGCCUGUGAGCUCCCCAGCUCCAAUUCUCUGAAGACCCUUCAAGGUUCUGAUCUCAGUGUAAAAUGUGGGGAUAACAACAACUCUAUUGGUGACCUCUUUCUGAAUGACAGGAGGUGUAGGAUAGUGCAGCGGCACCUGGAGUUUGAUGGUGGCAUCGCUUACGGGAUUGACUGCAUGUUAAUGGAUCCCACCCUUGGCGGGCGAUGUGACAAUUUUAUCACUGCAGAUUUCACGGGGGAUUGUGUUGGCUGUUACAAUAAUCCUAAAUGCCCUACAGCGACUAAACCAAAGGGAGGGAUACAGAAGUGUACAUACCAAUUCUAUGGCAGGAGCUUAGAUGGCUGUCGCCAGGAUUGUACGAUGGUCGUCUGGAUUGCAAAGUGCUGUCAAGGCUACUAUGGGCGAGACUGCCAAGCCUGCCCAGGAGGGCCAGAGACCCCAUGUAAUAAUCAUGGUUCAUGUAACGACAAAUACUCAGGAACCGGAGAGUGUAAAUGCAACAGUGGCUUCAAUGGGACUUCAUGUGAGCUGUGUUUGCCUGGAAGAUAUGGCUCUGACUGUAAACUCUGCAGCUGCAAGGCCCAUGGGCAAUGUGAUGAAGGAAUCUCUGGAUCAGGACAGUGUUUCUGUGAAACUGGAUGGACUGGUCGAUUCUGUGAAACCAAACUAGCUCUGCUGCCUGUGUGUUCACCUAAUUGUUCUAGUAACGCCGUCUGCAAAGAAAACAACAUGUGUCAGUGUAAGCCAUUUUAUGAAGGAGAUGGAAUCACAUGUACAGCUGUGAAUCUUUGUAAACAAAACAAUGGUGGGUGUCACCAGAAUUCAAAAUGUACCCAAACGGGUGUGACAGUCCUUUGUAGCUGUCAGAAAGGAUACACAGGAGAUGGCCGCACCUGCCUUCCUAUAAAUCCUUGCGCUGAUGGGCUCAAUGGUGGUUGCCAUGAACAUGCCAUUUGUAUAAUGACAGGACCUGAUAAACGCAAAUGUGAAUGUAAAGAUAACUAUGUUGGUGAUGGGCUUGACUGCACUGUGAUGCAGCUUCCAGUUGACCGUUGUUUGCAAGACAACGGGCAGUGCCAUGCCGAUGCAAACUGUGCCGAUCUUCACUUCCAGGAUGCUACAGUUGGAGUUUUCCAUUUGCGCUCUCCCCAAGGGCAGUACAAACUGACUUAUGAAAAAGCAAAGGAGGCCUGUGCUGGAGAAGGGGCAACAAUAGCUACAUAUAAUCAGCUGUCAUAUGCUCAGAAGGCACAAUACCACUUCUGUGCUGCUGGCUGGUUAGAUAGUGAAAGAGUUGGUUAUCCAACUGCCUUCUCUUCCCCAAACUGUGGAUCAGGAUUUGUUGGAAUAGUUGACUAUGGGCCUAGAGUCAACCUGAGUGAAGCCUGGGAUGUCUUCUGCUACAGAGUCAAAGAUGUGAACUGCACGUGUAAGACUGGCUAUGUGGGUAAUGGCUUCACAUGUAGCGGGAACCUGCUACAGGUCCUGAUGUCUUUCCCCAUGUUUACAAACUUCUUGUCGGAAGUCCUGGUUUACUCUAACAGCUCCACGAAAGGCAGAGAGUUCCUGAAAUACCUCACAAACUUGUCAACCCGGGCCACUCUCUUCGCCCCAAACAAUAAUGGGCUAAGAGAAAAUGAGACACUUUCUGGACGAGACAUUGAGUAUCAUCUGUCCAAUGCCAGCACACUGUUUUAUGAAGACUUGACCAAUGGGACUACUCUUCAAACAAGGAUAGGGAAAAGACUCUUAAUUACAUACAGCAGAAGCCAGGGUUACCAAAUCCCAACAAUGAAGAAGAAUGAGACCAGAUAUGUGGAUGGAAAAUCUAUUCUUGAAUGGGAUAUCAUUGCUUCCAAUGGAGUAAUCCAUGUCAUUUCAGAGCCCUUAAAAGCUCCUCCUCCAACUGCUUCUCUCCACGCUGGAUUUGGAACAGGAAUAUUCUUCGCCAUCAUCCUGGUUAUUGGAAUCGUGGCUUUUGUCGGGUACUCGUACUUCAGAUUCAAGAGGAGAAAUAUUGGCUUCCAGUAUUUCAAGUCAAAAGAAGACAUAGAUGUAACAGCACUAGACAAGCCACGACUUUCAAACAUCACAAAUCCCUCCUAUGAAAGUUCUCCUCCUCCUCCACCUGAGCCUACCUACGAUCCUUUCUCUGAUUCUGAUGAACAGCAGCUUGUAAUGUGUGGGCCUCACGAUCAGUUUUGA